CAACGAAGACGAAGACGAAAACGGCGAAGAAGAAGACGAAGACGACGGCGAUGACGACAACGUCGACGAAGACAAGGAUGACAACGAUAAAGAUGGAGUCUAGACAAAGUUAUCAUGGACUGUGCCGAUUGUGUGCAUCUCACGACGCUGUUAUGAUGGAUAUUUUCGGUCAGGAGGGCAGAAAUCGACAAUUCAUCGAGAAAAUUCAAGCUUGUUUGCCAUUCACGAUUACAGAAAAUGAUAAUCUCCCAAAGACCGUAUGCAGACGUUGCAUUUUCAACCUGGAGAAUUUUUAUGACUUUAGGACAGCAUGCGUCAAUGCUGUGGCAAUAUUAGAAAGACAUUUACCUCCAAGCGAAACAUUUGACAAAGAUUUAAAUAACUAUACGCAGUGCAGUAAUGCACAAUUCCUAAAAGAAAAAAAGAACAUACCAAUAAUAAUACCAGAAGCACCAAUAGUUAAUCCGAAUGCAGCUCUAGGUACACCGCCAAGAUUAAAUUGCAUUAGUGAAGCGGAUCACGAAAUAGAAGAAUAUCUUGAAAAUGGUGUCCCAGAUGAAGAGGAAGCGUUUGAUGUAGAUGAAUUUGAAUUGGAUAUGGAAACUAAUCCUAGCGAUUUCUUAGAAAUGCCUCCUAUGAUAACUGAAGAUAACGAAGAAACUAAUUCCAAAAAUAUCCCUGCUGCAAUGCAAAAUUCUACAGUAUUUCAACAUACGUUGGAGCAACAUGAAGUGUAUGUUUGUUCGUUGUGUACCAAAGCAUUUAGUUCCAAAGGACACUUGUCCCUUCAUGCGAGAAUUCAUACAGGCGCGGGCAACGUUAUUGGUCAGAAGGUUAUCACCGAUGAUCAUACUUCUUAUAAAAGGCCUUACCAAUGUGAUCUCUGUAACAAAUCUUAUUCAACGGCCAAACAUCGAUGGGGACAUGUAUCUACAACGCAUAAAGGACAUCCUGCUGUUACAUGUGGGUAUUGUUCACGUAUUUAUUCAACUAGAAUGAACUUGGAAGAACAUGUUAAAUCUCGACACGAAGGAGCAUCGAAAUCAACCAAAUUAUUAAAUCCUCUUUAUCGUUCAAAAUCGAAAUAUUAUUGUAAAACAUGUUCAAAAAUGUUUACAAGUAUAGCUGAGUUAAAUAGUCAUAGUCAACUUUGUGCGAAACAUUCAACUGAAGUACAAUCUGAUAUUCCAAGCGGAAGAACAAAUAUGAAAGAACUGGAGAUUGAUACUUCGGAUGUAUCGAGUUGGGAUACAGAUGAUGAAAAUAAGGGAUUUAAAAAUGCGGAAGAAAAAUUAGCGAAAAAUCCACAACUUACGAUAUUAAAACAAGCGUUGAUUAAAGGGAUGAAAAGAAGUGCUCCAGAUGGAGAAAUUACUCCAUCUAAGAUAAUGAAAAUGGAGGAUGGUGAAAUUCAGAAGUGGUACUGUGAUAUGUGCUCUAAAUGUUUUACAUCUGUAGAAGAUUUUAAAAAACACGAGACUACGCAUGAAGCCGAUAAACCUUUUAUAUGUUUAUUCUGUAGUGAAGAAUUUGUUUCAAAAUCAUUGUUCAGGAAUCAUAUUUUGGCAAUGCAUGGGGUUGAUCCAGAUCUUCUUAUAGAUAAUAAUGUAUGUUUAAAACAAAUUGUUCUUAUGAAACCAUGGAGUAAUCAGAGGCCGAUACCUGUAUCUGAUCAAAAAGACACGAUGGAAACUUCGGAGUUAGUUUCGCCUUCAGAAAUAAAUAUAGAAAACGAAGAUGAAAAUCCAAAUAGAAAUAUCCCUGAAAAUUCGCUGGAUAUAGAGACUGUUUUUCUAUGUGAAUUAUGUUCACGGGAUUUUAAUGAUAGAGCAUCAUUGUGGUUACAUAUCCGUGCGACGCACAAAGAAUUUGCUGCUUUUGCUUGUGGAAUCUGUUUGAAAAUAUGUUCCGACAAUAAGCAACUUACAAAUCAUGUUAAUACAUUUCAUGGAGGAUCAAAAUUGCUUGUAUCUGAGCAAAGAAGGUAUAGCUGCACAAUAUGUGGAAGACAACAUGAUUCACGAAAAAAGUUAAUUACCCAUGUCUCGAUUCAUAAUAUUAAUUCUAAAUGUGAUCCCGCAAAUUAUGUACAAUUAAAUAGUAAUUAUUAUAACGAAACGUUAAAUAGUAAUGAAGCAAAUGAAAAUAUUUUGGAAUACGAUGGAGAUGAGGGAGAAAAAGUAGACUGCCAUAUAUGUUAUAAAUCAUUUCCAAAUGAAGACCAUCUUAUAAGACACUUGAGGAAUGCUCAUAAGAACGAGCAAAUGAGUGAGGACAUUGGUAAUGGGAAUUCAGGAAAUAUGAAUGGUACCGGUAAUAAUAAGGCACAAUGUCAUUUAUUUUAUGUCUGUGAGCUUUGUGGUAACUCACAUCGUAGUAAAUGGGAACGUUGGUUACAUGUCAAUAAGGAGCAUAGCGAUGAACCAUCUAUCAGGUGCGAGGAGGAAGGUUGCGGAAAAAUAUUUGCUACCAAAACAUUACGCAAUGAUCACAUAAGUCAUCAUAAUAUGCAAGGCAUUUUUCCAAAUACCUGUGAAAUUUGUGGAAAAUUAUGGAACUCUCGAGUAGAUUAUUGGAAGCAUGCGAUGGGAGUUCAUCAUGCAACAGUACCGUUUAUAUGUGGUAUUUGUCUGAAAAUAUUUAAAAAUUGUUGUGUUCUUCAAACGCAUGUGAGAAAUGUGCAUUGGCCAUUGACAAAUGCUGAUUUUAGUUGUGAUAUAUGUGGAAGACCUUACGCCAACAAAUCUAAAAUGUUAAAACAUAGAACUAUUCAUAGAAAGAAAUAUGAUAUAUAUAACAACAGUAUUAAUUCUAACUUGAACGAAUCGUUAGAAUAUGGGCAUAGUGCACCACCGGAAACGACGGAUUUAGUAUGUGAAACUUGUGAAGAAAUGAAAUUUCCAGAUUUGGAAAGUUUAUGCAAUCACAGACGUAUUGUGCAUCGUCUAUUUCCGUGCGAUCUUUGUAACAAAUAUUACGGCAGAACGUCUCAUUUAUGGAAACAUGUAAAUAGAGUACAUAAAGGUCACGUAGAUAUAACGUGUCCUUAUUGUUUCAAAACGAGUGCGUCUAAAGACCAUUUAGCAGGACAUAUCGCUAAAAUUCAUAGGUAUGAGGUAGAAGUUACAAAGGAUAAUAAGAAUUCAGUAAAUUUCAAAUCUUCUAAUGGAGAAGAAGUGGGUUUACAUUAUUGUGAGAAAUGUAAUAAGGGAUUUUAUAAAAGAUAUUUACUUAGACGUCAUAUGAAAGCUUGUCAGAACUAUCGGAAGGAUCCAGGAGCAUUAUUGACUCGUUGUCGCGCUUGUGAAAGAAUAUUCAAAGAUCGUGCGAGUCUACGAAAGCAUAUUGAAAAUCAUCAUAGCGAUUAUACUUGUCAUUUAUGUGAGGUAACUGUUACUUCGAAAUUGGGAAUUAUGACUCAUAAUCGUAUCAAUCAUAUGAACCAUCCAGAUUUGACUUGCAUUAGUUGUAAUAAACUAUUCCGAACUAAAGAAGAUUUAGAGUCUCAUAAAAAAGAACAUAGAUUUCACGUGAGCCUAAAUGUUUGUGAUUACUGUGGAGAUACAGUAGAGAAUAAACUUAAAUUAAAAAUGCACGUACUAUCAUUACAUCGAAAUGAAAUAGGAGUCUCUUGUGGAGUCUGUUUGAUACCUAUGAAAGAUCCUAAAGAUUUGAAGAAACAUGUCGAAGAAAAACAUAAAAAUGUUUUAUCCAAGCCAAAUACAUGCCACGUAUGUGGAAAACAAUAUGCAUCCAAAUGGAAAGCUUUUGAUCAUACAAAUAAAUGUCAUGGAAAGGUAUUUACACCAUGUAAACAUUGCUUAGCCGUUUUUAUAACCGAUGAAGAUAUCAAAGAUCACUAUGAACGCGUUCAUAAUAUUUCUAAAAAUCAUGUAGCUUUAUUAGAAGGCCGUAUGGAUGUGCCAGUGGAUAUUAUUGUUAAAGAAGAACCAGAUGAUAUCGAUUUUGACGAUGAUUUGUGCGAGAAUGAUUUAAAUAAUUCUAAAGGAAAAAGAUCAUUAAAUGAUACCUUUGAUUGCGAGAUGUGUCCAGAAAUGUUCCUUAAAUAUGAAACAUUAGCGAAACAUUAUGAAAAUGUUCACAAUACUAAUCCAAUGGAUAUGGUUAGAAAGAAAAAUAAUGAUGGUAAACGAAAAGUGAGAAGUCGAAAGAAUUUCGAAUGCGUAUAUUGUAAAAAACACUUUUCUUCUCACAAUUUAUUUUGGCAUCAUAAUAAUGUAUAUCAUAGUGAAUUUAACAUGCAAAAUAUUGCAUCUACGUCUAUUUUAGAAACUCAUUUAAAAAAUAAUAAUCAGAUAAAGAAGGAAGAAGCUUCGUCGUUUAUGAACGAAACAAAUUUGAACAUUCCAGAAUUUAGUUUAUUUGAAGAUAUAAAUUUACAAUUAUCAGCGCAGAAACCUGUACCAAAACUUAUGCCAUUGUCGCAUGUGAAACCACCCGGAACUAAAUGUUCGAGAAAAGAUUCUCGGAAAGUGUAUGAUGAAUCAACAAAUACCGAAUGUACUUGUGAAGUUUGCGGAAAACCAUGGCCCGCUAAGAAACAUCUUUGGCAACAUCUUAUUCGUUUCCAUAAGCCACAAGCGGCAGUAACCUGUGGUGUUUGUUUAAAAUUAUGCCAAUCUUAUGAAGACUUAUCCGACCAUUUAAAGGCUACGCAUGAAGCGAUAUUAACUUGCGAAGGAAAUAAUUUCACAUGUAAAACUUGUGGCAGAUAUCACAAUGCUAGAAGUAAACUAUUUUUACAUAUGAGCGUUCAUAUUAAUAAAGUUGAAAAAUUCUGGUGUCAAAAAUGCCAAGAAGGUUUUGAAAAUGAGAGUAAAUUUUCCGAGCAUCUACUAAUAUGUCAGAAGAACAUUGAAUCGACGAGAAGUAAUUCUGAAGAUAAUAUAAAAAAUGAUAACGAAGAAAAAGGUAGCUUGAUAGGUGAUGAGACUUCGGCCGUCGAAGAAGUAGAUGAAGUAGAAGAAGUGGAUGAAAUAGAAGAAGUAGAAGAAGUGGAUGAAGUAGAAGACGUGGAAGACGUAGAAGAAGUUGAAGAAGUGGAUGAAGUAGAAGAAGAGGAUGAAGUAGAAGAAGUGGAUGAAGCAGAAGAAGUGGAUGAAGCAGAAGAAGUGGAUGAAGCAGAAGAAAUGGAUGAAGCAGAAGAAAUGGAUGAAGUAGAAGAAUAUUUUGAUUUCUUAUCGGAAGAAGAUGGUGCUACUCAGGAAUACACUAAUAGUGAAAAUUCAGAGCAUUCUAGAAGUUUGGACAGUGGCAGUAAUAAUAGUACGAGCAAUGGAGAGGAAGCGGAAAGAGAAAAUGAUUUUGAAGCUAGAUCUAAAUCUAAUGACAGAACUGUAAAUACUGAAAAUGAGGAUACCAAUUUGGAAAAUGCAGGGACGAUUAAAAAUCAAAAUUUAAAUGAUAUGAAUCGUUUCAUGAUACACAACGAAGAUAUGAAAAAAAAUAAAGAUGAAGAAGAAAGUUUAAAAAUCAAAUUGAGGAGUCCUGAAACUAUAAGAAAAUGCCAGGAAAUAAAUAAAAAUGAAGAACAAAAUUUGAAUUUAAGUGAAUCCUUAAACGGCGCUAAUUUGAGCAAUUUUCAUGUAAAGAAGGAAGGAAAAAGAAGUCAAAUAGAUUUUUCAGAUGAAGAUGACGGUCCACCUGUUUUGAGUCCAAUAAUGCCUUUAUUAGAACAGGAAUCUGUACAGCGUAAUAAUCUAAUAAGUGACAUGAGACACAAGGUUAAUCCAAUGGUAACAAUGAAUAACGUUAAAACAUUGGAAAUAUGCGAAUCACCUGAAAAUUGUAACGAUGUUGAAAGAAAUACUAUGUCAUCGAUGGCCAAUCCUAUAAAUUAUUAUGAAGAUCCUGUUAACGAAAAGAUGAAUAUUGGUAUUGAAUAUAGAUGCGAAGAUUUUGAAAAUAUGGAUAACGACGAAGAUAACGAUGAAGAUAAUAGUAUGUCGACCAAUGAGGAUGGACAAAUGGAAAUAGAUGAGCAAAUGGAUGUAGAUGAACAAAACAUAGAUUGUAAUAAUGAAAAUGAAUACGAAAAAUUGGAUAUUAUCAAUGAUUCUGAGAUGGAUACUUAUGAAGAAAAUAUAGACGAAGAGAUGAAGUAUGACGAAACUAGAGAUACUAACGUACAAAUUCAUGAUCUAAAUGGAGCUGUUUUAAUGGUAACUAAUGAUUCCGAUGGUAAUCAAAUUUUAAUUCAACCAAGCGUAUUAACUAUAGGAAACGAGGAUUGCAACGCAGGUGCAACAGCGUUUAUUUAUGAAGAAACGAAUGAGUACGAAAUGGAAGAUUACGGGAUAGUACAGCAGGAAGGAAAUUCUGACGAUAUUCAUAAUAUGUCGUUCACUCAAGAAGAAUCUGACAAUGACGAGGAGGAUAGCAUGGAAGGUAUCGAAAUAACUGAUACAAAAGAACAUUGUAUGAGUGCCAAAAGCGAACAAUUUAACGUAUAAGUCUGUAACAAAACUUGAGUGUAAGAUAAAAGAUAUAUCGAUGUGGGUCCAUAGAUGUGAGGCGGUCGUGUUUAAAAUAAUGUCGUACGUACCUUGAAGAAAAGUGGAGAAAUGAAUGCAUUGUGUACAGUAGUAGUAAUAAGUACAAAUAUUUCUAGCUUUUGACUAAUUUUUUAUAGAAUUUUCAUAUAGAAAAUAUAAUGUACGAUAUAUCAUUAUACCGAAUAACACUUGCAUGGAUAUAUCGUGUUUACAUACAUAUAUAUGUAUAUAUGUAUAUAUGUGUAAACAGAAGGUAUAUAUGCCUUAGAAAAACUGCAAGCUUCCAAAAUCUAAUUUUAAUCGAUUAUAAUAUAUAUAUAUUAUAUAGAUAUAUAUCUAUAUAUAUAUAUAUCUAUAUGUAAUAGUAAUGGCGAAUAAUUGAUAAAAGUUGGAUUUUAUAGCAAAAUUACGUUAAUUAUCAUUUUGGAUAUAGAUAAAUUUUAUAUCAUUUGCGUACGAGUACACGUAUAAUAGAUAUGAAUAUCUAUUAGACACACAUAGGUGGGCCUCAAAAAAAAAAAAAA